AUGGUGGGGUCUCCCGGCGGGGUCUCGGUGGAGGGUCACCAAGUCGCCAUGCUGCAGGUCAUCGGCAACAAAAAUGCAUUGGGAGCAGAGCAAGUAAGCGCUGUGGACGCGAUUGAUUAUCGUUCAUCACCGGGGCAAGGCCAAGAACAAAGGGAUGUGCAAAUAACACACCAAAUCCAUCCAAAGGGCGACGAUUCCACGUCGAGCGGAGGUGUAUUGGCCAAAGCUGCCGCUGCGGUGCAAUCUACCCUUCAAUCUGCUAAGGAUGUCAUCACUGGGAAAUGA